AUGUCGAUGAUGACCGGCGAGCCCGUGCCGGUGGAGGUGGCGUCGGGCGACGAGGUGAUCGGGGCCACCGUCAACGCCGACGGCACCCUGGAGGUGGAGGCCACGCGGGUGUCGGACCGCACGGCUAUUGCCCAAGGCGUUCGUCGGUUGACUGGCCCAGGUUGCCGCGCCUCGGGCGCGGCUGGCCUACCGGGUCCUCUGGAUAUUCGUGAGUUUUUUCCCGCCUGA